AAGGCCUUGUGUUUGAGAAAUGGAGAGAACUCGCUUGGCCAUCCUCUUCUUGUUCUCAAUCUCAUUGCUCUCUGUUUCGAAGGCCAAGGAUGAGGCGACGAAGACCGCCCUCUACAUCGUCGAGGUCGAGAAACCAGAGGGCAUCCAGCUGGAGGCAUUCUACCUCAAAACCCUCUCUGCUGUCCUUGGCAGCGUGGAGGCUGCGAAGGAGGCCUUGAUCUAUAGUUACAAGUAUGCCAUCUAUGGUUUCGCUGCCCAGCUCACCCAAAAACAGGCGUUAGAGAUCUCAAAGCAACCUGGUGUUCUUGGGGUCACGAUCAGCAAGAUAUACAAGUUGCUUCCACGACCUGGGGGGCCUUCGCUUGCGGGACUUUCCUGAGCAUGUUGCUUCUCAAAUGUUUUUUCCCCAUUAUUUACAUAAAUGACCUUUGCGCCACUAAAAUAAAGAUGCCACAGUUGUGUGUGCCACAUAUUCUAUACAGUCCAAGUGCUGGAGUCUGGAACUCUUCAAGCCAUCAAAUACACUUAUGGGGAUCAUUUAUCGCAGCUAAUACGAUUCCAUGUGCUUAAUCU